AUGUCAACUUACAAACUAUAUUAUUUCGAUGGCCGUGGUCGGGGUGAAAUUUCUCGCCUAAUUUUGGCUGCUGCUGGACAAAAGUUCGAAGAUAUACGAUAUCAGAAAAACGAAUGGCCGUCGCACAAGUCCGAAAUGCCUCUCGGUCAGAUACCAGUACUCGAAAUCGAUGGUAUUAAAUUGCCACAAUCAAUGACUAUUGCUCGCUUUCUUGCUCGUCAAUUUCAUCUGACAGGCAAAGACAAUUUAGAACAAGCAAAAGUCGAAGCUGUUGCUGAUACAGCUACGGAUCUUCUUAAUAAAUUCGGGCCCAUUAUUUGGUAUCAAGAGGAACCUCAGAAAAAAGCAAGCAUUGACGAAUUCUUUGCUAACGAAUUACCGAAACAUCUACGUAAUCUUGAAACCUUGGCUAAAGCCUACAAUGAGGGUAGUUCGUUCUUCGUCGGUAAAAAUCUGACUUUCGCUGAUUUGUGCGUGUACGAUGUGCUGGAAAAUAUUCUGGAAGUCGAUGCUAAUAUACUUGACCAGUAUCCAUGGUUAAAAACUAACGGUCAAAAAGUAGCGAAGCAUCCGAACGUUGCUAUCUACCUCGAAAGUCGACUACGAACGGCAUUUUGA